AUGGCACAAAAAAGAGAGAAUCAAGACUUUGCACAUCGUACUGCGAUUAGUCAGGUCUUGAAUUUCUGUUUGCUAGCAUUGCAGUCGAAGUCAGGAAGUCAAAGUUGGGUACAGGAGGCUUUAAAUUCACUUAAUACUUGGGUUGUCGACAUUGAGGCUGUCAUUAAUGAAAUUCCCCGUAGCGUACGGUUGUCCCUACCACACUCGGAGUAUCAUGCAAGCUCAUAUGAGAUACCCGAGUUCACCAUGAAGCUUCGAUCAAGAGGCAAAUGCGGUCCAGAUAUGAUUUCUUCUAAUGACAGAGAUAAGGACUCAUCUAGUUCAUCCGAUCAAGAAUCCCGUCCAAAUACACCUACUCCUACUCAACCCAGGAACCAUCCAAAUACAUCUACACGACUCAGCAACCGCAAUAUUCAAAGGCAAGAAUCAUAUCCCACAAACACGAAUACUUCUCAACAAGGAACUCAAAGAUUAUCCUUCUGUAAUCAAUCGUGCUUACUUGGACUUGUGAAUAAGACCAAACUGGAUAUAUUCUGUCCCAAUGUAUCAAAACAUCGUGGAGGAAAGCUUCAAAGCACACAUCAUCAAAUUGAUCAUCAAACCUUUCUCGAUCUUCUUCAACAACAACUUGAAUUGAAUCUAGAUCAUGGUUGUUAUCCCUUGGGGAUGGAGGGUAGCCGUGGGGCUUUGUUUCAGAUCACAUUAAUACCCUAUGGUUAUACUGUAGUGGCAAAAGGAACAGUAGCAGCCUUUGUGAAGGAUCUUCAAUAUGAGUACCAGGUAUAUCAAUACCUAUCAGAUAUACAAGGGACUUUUAUACCUGUUUGUCUAGGAAGUUUCAAUCUUGUUUAUCCAUAUUAUUAUGAUAUUGGAGUACAAAUAGUGCAUAUGAUGUUUCUUGCUUGGGGUGGAAGAUGUUUGGAGAAGAUUAAAUUUGUGAAAAGUAUAGAUGGAAAAGGGUUGGAUGCUAUGAUGUUACAUUCGCUUGAGAUGCUUCAUGGUAUGGGGGUAUUACAUUCAGAUCUAAGAUUGGCAAACAUGUUGUGGAAUGAAGAGAAAGAAAGGAUCAUGUUGAUUGAUUUCGAGCGAUCAAAGAUACUACCAGUUGACUCGCAAACUCCUCUCACACAAACCUCUCCAAACCAAAAGAGAAGACAGCAUCUAUCAAAGGAGAAGGCCUUGAGCAAAAGGGGCCAAAAUGUUUUAAUGGACGAAAGGUUUUGUGUUGAAGGAAUGAUUGCUAGGCAAAUGGAUUAG